CAUAUGAUUGGUCUGCAAGUCUGUUAAUCAAUGAGGUAGCUGCAGGGACGUGUAAUCUUCAUUCAUUGCGGAAAAUAAGGGAUUUUAUGGAGGAGUGAUGACACAAUGUAUGCGAUUACAAUUAUUCUGAUCGCUUUUGUGCACAGUUACUGUCCUGCUGAUGGGAAAACUGUAUCGGGAAUGUUUCGAAGCCAUAUAGCGAGGGAAAACAAUGGGCAAUAUAUCACAAGAUUUCUCUACCACGGGGAGAAUGGCUUGAUGGCUUACCGUCUGGAGAAUGUGCCCUUGGCAGUACAUAAAGAGGCCAGACUUCUGCUGUUUCAGGGCAUCCAGGGCUUUGAAAACCUCAGCUGUCUGGACAGAGUGUCAGGAGCCCAGCUUGCCAUAACCCUGAGCACAGAGGAACACAAUCAGACCAUACCACGACUGGCCAGACCCCAGGCCUGGCAUGUGAUAUAUGCAGACCGUUACACCUGCCAGGAAGAGGAGCUUGAUGGUGUGCUGGAGGAUGUGGGCUUCCAGCUCACCAUGCUAAACCCAGACUCAGCAGGGAACCCAACGGACCACUUCAGUGCUGAGGAGGCCGGUUUGCACAGCUUUUUCUUCUUGCUGAUUCUGGCCUAUUUUGUGGCCUCCUGUAUCUACAUGCAGCCCCUGUGGCAGGCUUUGCAUAAGGGAGGUCCCAUGCACACGGUGCUGAAGGUCCUGUCUACAGCUCUGUUCCUGCAAGGUCUAUCUGUGCUCUUGAACUACAUCCACAUGGCCAAGUAUGCUAGAGAUGGAGUGGGAACACCUCUAAUGGGCAACCUAGCAGAGUUCUGUGACAUGGUGGCUCAGGUGCAGAUGCUAUACAUGCUGCUGAGUCUGUGUAUGGGCUGGACACUGAGCCGAGGCAGGAAAUCCCAGAGUAAACCACUGCAGUGGGACUCCUCUCCCAUGUCCACUGCUCUUGCUCUUGGAGGAGUUAUUACACAGGGAGCACUGCUGAUCUGGGAGCAGUUUGAGGACACCGAGCACCACAGUUAUCAUGGUCAUCACAGUGUACCUGGGUUACUGCUAAUGGUGUUACGUGUUUCUCUCGCACUGAUACUUGCAACAGUAUUGUACCAGAUUAUCUCUGCAGAGCGGAGCACACUCAAAAGGGACUUCUAUCUCAGCUUUGCCAAGGGUUGUUUCCUGUGGUUUCUGUGUCACCCAGUCCUUGUUCUCCUUUCCAUCCUAUUCGGUGAGCAUCAAAAGGAAAAGGUCAUAACCAUUGGUGUGAUUCUGUGCCAGUCCAUCUCAGUGGUGAUCUUGUAUAGGCUAUUCCUCUCUCGUAGUCUUUACUGGGAAGUGUCAUCACUUUCCUCUGUGACACUCCCACUAACCAUGUCCAGAAACCUGCGGGGACGAUACUGAAGAGCAGUACUGAUACUGCCCUAUUGAUGCCUAUUUGUAAGGAGCACAGGGCCACUCCAGAAGAAGCACUUUGCUGAUAGAUGGAGCAAGAGGUGUGUAGGGAGCAAAAUCACAUGUAUUACCACGUGUACAUGUUACCUUAUAUCUGAUGUACCUUACCUUAUGAUAUACCUUACGUUAUAUCAUAUGCAAUGUUGCAGGGCAGAAAUAAGAUACAACUCCUGGGCCCUUCUGAAAAAUAAGCACCUGUACAAUGUAAAGAGAUGGACAUGUAGGACUGAGUUUUCCUUUUAUGUUGCAGACUAACAAUGUUUCAUCUAUUUAAGAAGCCCCAUAAACUAAAAAAAGGACAUUUGUAGAUAAGCAUGUAGAUGAUGGUGCUGAUACAUGGAAAGGUCAUAUUAUUGGUAUGUCCAUCCUUCCAACCUUAUUUAUAAGACAUUCUGUAUUUUAUCUGGUCUAAUGGUCUAUCUGUUAAGGUUACAAACUACAGACUGAUGACAAAUUAAAUGAAAUAUCAGCACCUCUGUUAUCAGAGAUAUUUUGCUGGCAUGGUUUGGCUCCACUUACUCUGUUAUAGGAAAGAGUAACUAAAAAUUAUUACAACGUUAUUGUGACUGAUAACCUUUAUCCUAUGAUGAAACAUUUCUGUGUUCACCGAUGGGAGUGGUCUCUUCUAGGAGGACAAUAUCUCCCAUCCACAGGACACAAAGACUCACUGAAUGGUUUGAUGAGCAUGAAAAUGAUGCAAAUCUAUGGCCUUCACAGUCACCACACCUCAACUCAAUUAAAGACCUUUAGGAGAUUUUUAAGUGACAUGUUAGAGUGCAGUCUAUACCACUACUAUCAAAACAGCAACUAAGGUUUGGAAGAAUAGUGUUCAUCCCUUCACUACAGUUCCAGAUACUUGUAAGAAUCUAGAAGAGCACUGAAGCUGUUUUUAUGACUUGUGGUGGCCCAACACCUUACUAAGACACUUUAUGUUGUUUUGUUCCUUUAUAUUAAUAUCUAUCUCUUUAGAUGGCAUCUAAACAUAUAGUUUUAAAUAGCUGGAACAUGGGACUGGUUUAAGGUGGCACAGUGGCCCCUAGGUGUGAAUUGAGUAUGUGUACAGUGCUCUGUGAUGGACAGGUGUCCCAUCCAGAGUUUAUUUCAUCCUAGGCUCUGGAUAUACUGUGACCCUGACAAAGAAAAGGUGGUUACUGAAAAUGCAUGUUACUGGUUCAGUAACAUUCCAUAAAGUAUUAUGGAAUCCCACUAUGAAAGAUCUUCCAUGUGAUUAUUACAACAGUGAUUUACAUUAAAUCUCAGGUCUGUUUAUUGGGGGGAAAAAGCCAUGAAUAAAGAUUUUUGACUGUACAGAGCAAUGGUGUACAUACGCAUUUGCACACAAAACUAAUAUGGUCACAAGCAAGGUUUUUUAAAACUAAACUUAAAUAAAGAUGCCAAAGUUUGUUGUCUGAAUUACUAAGUACAGUGAAUAUUGUAUGUGGUUUGAUGUUCAUUUUCACAAGUGCCUGAAAUGACAAUCACUUUUCCAGUGAAAAAAGUCUAAUGUUUUUGCUCUGUUUAUGAUGAAUAAAAACAGAGAAUAUUUAUUGUUAAA